GAAAUUCCUCCAUUCCAUCAAAAUAUAAAUCACUUCUGAAACUGAAGCAAUGGCUUAACUCGAGUGAGACUUAGGUAGUGACCCCAUUCUGCUGAUACUGAACUCUGACGUAGUUACCCUGUCAUUCCUACAGGUCACGGAAACGAGCGAUCUCAAUGUGAUAAUACGACUUCAAGUAUGGCCGACGUCUCAGUAAGAGAAGCUAGCGAGGACGACUGUGACGAGAUCAUACGGUUGAUGCAGGAAUUUGCCACACACGAAGGCAAUUUGCAUCUCUUGAAGACCAGUGUCCAGACUUUGAAAAGAGAUGGCUUUGGAGAAAAGAAGGUGUUCGACUGUUUCGUGGCAGAGGAAACCCAAACGACAGGCAGACCUCGGCUCGUUGGUUACCUCUUGUACAUGUGGUCCUUCACAACCAUGUCUGGGCGCUUCCUGUUCGUUGAAGACCUCUUUGUGGAGAAAAACUUCAGAAGGAAAGGAGUGGGGUCCUUAUUAUGGGCCUCAGCAAUGAAGUUAGCCCUGUCCUGGGGAUGUGGAUAUAUGCAGUGGAUGGCCAAACGAAGGAACACAAUGGGAAUCAAUUUCUACAAAAAGUUAGGUGCUGUCGAAACAAACACUGAUAGCAUCAUGACAUUCACGUUAGACAACGACGCCAUGAAAACAGCCUGUUCAAAUAUAGUUUCGUAGUAAAUGGGUGAAUGCUG